AUGUCAUAUAAUACCAAAAAAGAUCCUUGCAAAGCAAACGCUUGUAGAAUACAAGCUUGUUUGAAAGAAAAUAACUACCAAGAAGAAAAGUGUAAGGAGGUGUUGGAACAAAUGCGCAUUUGCUGUCUGAAGUGGCACAAAACUUCGUUGUGUUGCUCUGGUAUUGAUUUAAACCGUUCAUAUUUACCCGAAGAGGAGGAACAUCCAAAGAAAGAAAAGCAGUUGUCAUAA